CAGGGAAAGCGACGCGAAUUCCCCAAACUGACUUAAAACGGUGCAAAUGACUUUUUUUGUUGUUGUUUGCGUGUACAGAGGGAACCGCUCUAAAUUCUCCUGGUGUAUGUGCCGGGGCGGCAAAGGCUAUGAUUUAAUCUAGAAGCUAUUUGGAAAUGUCCUGUUAGUUUGCGACAGAGAGAGAGAGAGAGAGAGAGAGAUGCCAGUCUGAAUAUUCAUGAAGUGAGUGACAGGCAGUUUUAACUGAAGGGACGUCAGGAGCAGGGGAGGAGCGGGGCGUCUGAUGGUUGGUAUAUAUAUAUGUGGCGGAAAAAAAUCAACACUAUAUUUGUGACAUUUAUUGGCAUAUAAGGAUAAAAAAAAACAUCCAGCUCAGUAAAUAACAACGGGUCAAACGCGGAGCGGGCGAGAACAGAGUUAUCCAUCUACCGUCAAAGCUGGUGCUGCCCGACCUGCAGAGUCUCUCCAGCAAUUAAAGUCAACCUCCCCCCUCCCCUUCUCUGCCCCCACACCCUUCUCUCUCUCCCUCUCCCUCUCUCACUCUCCGCUAGCGAGGAUGUUAUUUGAAGGCUUUGAGGUGAUCUCGGCGCUGGCUGCCUGCUUGGUGUCGCUCCUGCUGCUGCUCGCCGUGUCUCGACAACUGUGGCAGGUCCGCUGGGCGGUGACGAGAGACAGGAGCUGCAGUCUGCCCAUUCCUCGAGGCUCCAUGGGAUUACCAAUCGUCGGGGAAACGUUUCACUGGCUGGUGGAGGGGUCGAGGUUCCACGCAUCCCGUCGGGAGAAAUACGGGAACGUCUUCAAGACCCACCUGCUCGGCCGCCCCUUGAUUCGGGUGACGGGCUCGGAGAACGUGAGGAAGAUCCUGAUGGGGGAACACACGUUGGUGAGCAGCCAGUGGCCGCGGAGCACCAGGAUGCUGCUGGGGACCACCAGCCUCAUCAACUCCAUCGGAGACAUCCACCGCCACAAGAGGAAGAUCUUUGCCAAGGUGUUCAGCCAUGAUGCAUUGGAGUGCUACCUGCCCAAGAUCCAGCAGGCCAUCCAGGAUGGGAUCAGGGAAUGGAGCAGCAGUGGCGAGCCCAUCACCGUCUACCAGCAGACCAAGAAGUUGACCUUCCGCAUCGCCGUGCGGGUCCUGCUGGGCUUCCGUGUGUCCGAGGAGGACCUCGACCUCCUGUCCCAGAGCUUCGAGCAACUGGUGGCCAAUCUCUUCUCCUUGCCGCUCGACUUCCCCUUCAGUGGCUACAGGAAGGGGAUGCGAGCUCGUGACAACCUUUACAAGUACCUGGAGAAGGCCAUCAGCGAGAAGCUACAGAGCAAACAGGACAAGGACUACUCUGACGCCUUGGACAUCCUGAUCAACAGUGCCCGGGAACAGGGCAAAGAGCUCAGCAUGCAAGAGCUGAAGGAGUCUACAGUGGAGCUGAUCUUUGCUGCCUUUGCCACCACCUCCAGUGCCAGCACCUCGCUCAUCCUGCAGCUGCUGCAGCACCCAGCUGUGCUGGAGAAACUGCGACAAGAACUGCGGGCCAACGGCAUCCUGCAGCACGGCUGCAAGUGUGAUGAGCGGCCCAGCAUGGCCACCGUGAGCCGACUCAGCUACCUGGACUGUGUCAUCAAGGAGGUGCUGAGGCUGUUGCCCCCCGUCUCCGGGGGCUACCGCACCGCACUGCAGACCUUCGAGCUGGACGGCUGCCAGAUUCCUAAAGGGUGGAGCGUCCUGUACAGCAUCAGGGACACACACGACACGGCCCCCGUCUUUACGAACGUCGGCGUCUUCGACCCCGAGCGCUUCGGGGAGGACCGCGACGAGGACAAGAGCGUGCGCUUCAGUUACAUCCCCUUCGGAGGAGGGGUGAGGAGUUGCCUGGGCAAGGAGCUGGCCAAGCUGAUCCUGAAGGUCCUGGCCAUGGAGCUGAGCAGCACCAGCCGCUUCGAGCUGGCCACCAGGACGUUCCCGCUCAUGUUGACUGUGCCUGUGGUCCAUCCCAAGGAUGGGUUGAAGGUCAAAUUCUACGGACUGGACUCCAACCAGAACGAGAUCGACCCGGCCUCCGAAUCGCUGCUGGGUUCCACCCGUGUAGCGGACCACCCCCCCCCCCCCCCCACCUUCCACCCUGCCCCCUCCACAACACCCCGACCAAAACACAAAGCACGUACCACACAGGAAUCCACAUCGAACUCCCCUCAACUGACUAACAAUCCAAGGUACACAAAAAAAGCUGGAGAAACUCAGCGGGUGCAGCAGCAUCUAUGGAGCGAAGGAAACAGGCAACGUUUCGGGCCGAAACCCUUCUUCAGACCUAACUAACAAUCCAACCUGGACACACCCAAGACUUGUCUUCCACAUUCCCAUCUGUUGCACGCAUCGGGCGCAGAAGGAGACUCUUUUGGGUUGAACGGAGAGAAUUCUCGGAGAGGAAUGAAGUAGCCACAGAGAGAGAGAGAGAGAGACGGUGGAACAAUGUAUCGGGGAUGGACAUGUCCUCCAGAAGGUUCGCUCUUCGUCAACGAUGCAAAACCAGAGACAGUUCCUUCAACAAAAAAAACCCCAUAUAUAUCCUGCAUUCCUACUUAAAAUACAGUAUAUAUGUAUAAACCUGUUCUGAGUUCCAUUCUAGGUUUGUAAUUUGAUUUAGCAAUUGCAACAAAGUUGUUGCCCAGUGCACUUUGAAUGUAGUUCUGAUAACUGAUGCAAGAGGCAUUCAGUGUAAAACAUAGAGACCAUAGCAGUCUGGAUCGAACUUGUACUAUGCCUAUCUCUAAGCUCUAUAUGGAUUAUUUGUCGUUGUUGUGUUUUUUUUUUUAUUUUAAGAUCGCGAUUAGACAAAUAGUGUAAAGAGAAAAUAUUUUUUUCUGUCAGUAAAUAUUGUUUUAGUAAAAAAUGAGGAGAAAAAAAAAA